CAUCUGGCGCCAUAUUUUCGAAAAGGGACCGAAAAAGUUGAAAAGUUUGCCCGUAAACUUUGGUCUACGUUCUUUUCCCCCUAAUAUUUUCUUUCAAGAAGUGACAAAAUGUAAGAGAAGACGACUUUAGUCAAGAUGAGCGGCAGACCCCGGCAGCAAACCCUUUUCCAAAGCUGGGGGAAGAAGCCCCAACAGUCUGGAGUUGACUCUACCAACAAUCAUGCAUCAAGUUCUACCAGUGGAGCAGGGGUUAUUGACUCUGAGGUCAUUGACCUCAUGGAUGAUAUGGAGGAUGAUGAGAUGCUGGCUGCAGCAAUGGAUGGUUACUCAGAAACCGCUGAUCCUCCCUCGAAUGUUCCAUCCGCUACAGACUGCACACCUUUAGAAGACCUCCCUGGCUUUGACAACUCAGCUGGAAAAUUAUGGAUCUACCCAACCAACUACCCUGUCAGAGAGUACCAGUACAACAUCGUACAUCAAGCCCUGUUUAAGAACACUUUGGUCACCCUGCCGACGGGACUUGGGAAGACGUUCAUUGCCGCUGUAGUAAUGUACAACUUCUACAGGUGGUAUCCUAUGGGGAAGGUGAUUUUCAUGGCUCCCACCAAGCCUCUAGUAGCCCAGCAGAUAGAAGCAUGUUUCAACAUUAUGGGAAUCCCACAGAAGGAUACUGCUGAAAUGACAGGGUCCAUGCCUCCGGCGGAGAGGAAGAGGGCGUGGCAGGAGAGGCGUGUGUUCUUCCUGACCCCACAGGUCAUGGUGAACGACCUGAGCCGGGGGGCGUGUCCGGCAGAGGAGGUGAAGUGCCUUGUGGUGGACGAGGCACACAAGGCCUUGGGAAACCACGCCUUCUGUCAGGUUGUACAGGAGCUCGUCAAGUUUACAAUGCAGUUUAGAGUUUUGGCACUCAGUGCAACGCCAGGAGGAGACCUCAAGGGAGUUCAACAGGUACUGUCUAACCUGUUAAUCACCCAUGUGGAGCUGAGAUCAGAUGACUCUGCAGACAUCCAACCCUACACACAUGAGAGGAAGGUGGAGAAGAUUGUUGUGAAACUUGGGGACCAACUCACACAGUUACAGAACAGAUAUCUAGCUAUCGUUGGAGUAUUUGUAGCCAGGCUGGUGAGGAACAAGGCCAUGUUCUGUCGGGAUCCAGCAAAAGUCACCAAAUUCCAGCUGCUGAAGUCACGUGACCUCUUCAGAGCAAACCCACCGCCUGAAGCACAGAACCGAGUCCUGCAGGGUUGCGUGGAGGGAGACUUCGCCACGUGCAUCAGCCUGUACCACGGCUACGAGCUCCUCCUCCAGCACGGCAUGAAGUCCUUCUACUCAUUCCUCGCCAACAUCAUGGAGGAUGAGAAGGGGUCCAAGAAGAAGAGAGAGCUGGCACAGAACCCAGACUUCAUGCUGAUGAUGAGUGAACUGAAGGAGAUGUUCAACCCCAGUGAUGGUAGUGGCUCAGGUGGAGGGCAUGCACUGUUCAGUGGCCAAGGUGUCUGCACCUCUCCGAAGACUUUUACCCAGAGGAAGGGUCCCAGUUCCCAGAAGCCUGUGGUUGUCAGUCAUCCCAAACUGGCCAAGCUGGAGGAGGUGGUGCAGCAACACUUCCAACAGUUCGAUAAUGAAGCAGCAGGUAGCAGUACCCAGGCAGCUGUGAAACCAGCGGCCACCCGUGUCAUGAUCUUCGCCCAGUACCGCGACAGCGUACAGGAGAUCGCCGACAUCCUCAACCAGCACCGACCUCUGGUCAGGGUCAUGACCUUCAUCGGACAGGCCUCCACCGGCAAGGUCAAGAAGGGCUUCACGCAGAAGGAACAGCUGGCCGUGAUGAAAAAGUUCCGUGAGGGUGGUUACAACGUGCUGGUGUCCACAUGUGUGGGUGAGGAGGGGCUGGACAUCGGGGAUGUGGACCUGAUCGUGUGUUUCGAUGCACACAAGAGUCCCAUCCGACUGGUGCAGAGGAUGGGUCGUACAGGCAGGAAGAGACAGGGCAGGAUCGUCAUGCUUGUUACUGAGGGAAAGGAAGAAAGGAUCUACAACCAGAGCCAGUACAGUAAAAAGAGCAUCCACAGGGCCUUACAGGGCAGCACCAGGUCACUGAACUUCUACAUGAACAACCCCAGGAUGGUCCCCCGUGGGUUGAACCCUACUGUACACAAGAUGCACAUCACGGUGGGGAGCUAUCACUGCACAGCAAAGGGGAAGGACAGGAGGGGGUCUGUUAAGGGGAGCAAGGCCAUCACUUCUUUCACGAAUGCACAGCCAAAAGGUAAGGUUGGGAAAGAUGAUGGGUUCCUGACAGCACAGGAGCUCGCUGUCUGGAACGAGAGGUACAAGCUGUCAGCCGAGGAGGAGAAAGCUGUCCCCACUCUACAACCUGCUCGUUUUGUGUACUUAGAAGACACAACAACAAGGGACCAGCCAAAACGACCCAGCCUGUCUCUCACAGAAUGGUCCCUCUGGCAGAGCAGACUGCAGCCCACUCGCCUAGUGGGACAUUCACAACGGUGCAAGAACUUUGUAGAGCUCAUGGAGUUCAUCGACCUUCAGAAGGACACUGAGGAUGAGGACAGCUAUGCCAUGGAGAUGAAGGCGUUUCUCAACAAAGACGACAUCAUCACGACAAACGGUACCUCAGGCGGCGACAUCAGGAGCUUUGCUACGGAGCCCAGAUCCAAGAAAGAAAUGCAGCGAAAUGUGGAAAUGGGAAAGAGGAGAAGUGAAACAUUUCAAGUCAAUGAAGCUCAGCCUAUAGAUUCUGAUGAUGACUUGCCUGUCAUAACACUCAAUCCAGGCAACACAAAUACACAUACUGGUGAUAGGAAUGGCAAAGGUGACAAAGUAAGGGGCUCAAAAGAUAAGAAGAAGUCGCCCAGAGGUGCUAACAGCCUGCCUAAACAGAAGAGAAAACCCAUAGUGGUUGAGCUUGAUCAUGACUCGGACUUUGAAUCACAGGAAGGCAAGACUAAGGAACACACCUCAGGAAAUGAUGACUCUUCUGUGGGUAGGAGUUUGCAAAUGGAAUCAGAAGUUGUUCAGGAAAACAGAGAUGAAACAUUGCAGUCUACUUGUAAGACUACAAGGCAAAAUGAUGUUGAGAGCGAAGGCUAUGUCCCCUUUGAUGAUGAUGGUACAAUUCAACAGAAUAAUGUAACUGUCACAGCACCAGCAGCUGAUGCAAUGGACAUGGAAGAAGAAGACGAGGAAGAUAAAUGGGAAGCCAUUUUCCCAACAUUUUCAACAAAAACUUACAGUAAAAGUGCAAUAUCUGAGUUUACAGGAGACAUUAGUAGGUAUAGAGUACCAACCCCUCCAUCUCUUGACUCUCUUGAUUGGUUGGAGAGACUAGAGAAAGAAGUGAGUUCCUCUAUUGAAGACAAUUGGAAAGAUAGUGAAGAGGAUUUCGUUAAACAGCCAUUUCCUUGCAAAAAGUCACUUGUCUUUGAGGCUGUCAGUAGCAACAUCCCUGAUGCAGAUGUUCCUGCAUUGCACAGGACAGAAAAUUCAGAUUUGCAAGAAGAGGAUAUGGAAAAAACCAAAGACAGUAGUGGGAUACAAUGUGUAAAACACUCAGUAGUGGCCCUAAGAUAUCUAGAGAAUGAAAACAUAACCAGACCAUGUCACCAAGAUAUGUCCAGGUCAGUUCAAAAUAGCACAGAUUCCCAUCAGUUCAAUAACGUGUUAAAGACUGAUGCAGCCAAGACUGAUAACUUACCAGUUCAGCCAGACAAAAUUCAAGAAGAAACAAAGAAAGUGGAGGAGAGGGACGUAGAGGGGAGUGACAGUGACUCCCUGUUUGGGAAUGGAAGUGAUGACAUGUUUGCAGAGAUGGAAAUGGAGUCAGAGACUGUUCAAUGUACUGAAAUGGAAAAUCAGGCGGCUACAACUGUUGAUGAUCAAGUUUCCAUUAAAAAUACUCCAGAAGCAGGCAAAAAAGAUGUAGAAACAAAUCAGCAGGUCUCUCCUGUGUCAGACAUCCAACAUACGUUUCCUUCAAACUGCAGUCCUCCAUCUUUGUUUUCUGAUUAUGAGGAGUCUUUCCAUGCAGAGGUAGAUUCUAAAGCAACCACAGUUCGAGGCAACAAUGGAAAACUACCAACAGUUCCUUCCGUUGGUACCAAAACGGCCCCACCUAUACAACAGUUUGUUGCGGAUGAUAGUUUGUUGGGAGCAGACAUUGAUGUUGGGGUGACACAUACUGAUGGAGGACAGAAUCCUGUGGAGGAAGAGGGGUGGAUUGGUGUGAACUUUGACCUGGGAGGGGACAGUCUUUUGGAACCCCAGUUUGACCUGCAGUUCAGUGAUGAGGACAUGUUUGCUGAUUCAAGUCCCUCCAGUCAAGUUACCGAAACUGACAAGAAUAUGGUCGACUGUGAGAAGGAAACUUUGUCAGAAGGCUUUCAUUUUCCUGUAAGGACUAACAGUGGUCCUAUGGUUGAAAAUGUGGAAGAAGAGGAUGCUUUUAAUACUGUACCAAGUACUCCCCUGUUUCAAAGAUAUAACCAGACUGCCAAGAGAGCGACACACAACCAGCAAGUGGAUUACUCUCCUUGUCCUAACACUCACAAUAUUACAGAAUCUGAAUUUGGCCAGGAUGAAGUUUUCUCUGAAUGUGAUGUAGUAGCCAGUACCCCUCUUCAUGGGCCAGGAAAGGUGGCUACAAGGCUGUCACUGAGAGGCAAAAGAAGUGCUACUCCAGACAGCUUAUGCACUGACAGAAAUUCUCCAAAAGUAUCUGCUGUAGAGAAGAGACACAGCUCUGAAAGUGUAAAGAGAAUCAGUAGAAGCACUCCUGUACUGGUUCCAAGUAGAGGAUUGAACAUGGGUAGUUUAGAAAGACCCAAUGAUGAACCCACUUCUAUUAGCACAGGCAAGCCAGGUGUUUCAACUGCCACCUGGAGCUGUUCCACCUGCACCUUCCUGAAUCACACCCUGUUGUCUACAUGUGAAAUGUGUGAAUCUCCCAAACCAGGACCAGUUUUGAAUUCCCCCAACACUGCUGCUGUGACAAGUGACAGUGAUGGGGAUGCAGGUGUGAUGAGGAGGAAACGGUCCAGAGCACAGGUUCUCACCUCACCUGACACAUCAGCUGUAGAACAGAAUGCUCCCGUGUCCUGUGACAGUGAUGAGGAUGCAAGUGUGGUGAGGAGGAAACGGUCCAGAUCUAGAGCACAGGUUCUCACCUCACCUGACACAUCAGCUGUAGAACGGAAGGCUCCUGUGUCCAGUGACAGUGAUGAGGAUGCAGCUGUAGUGAAGAGGAAACGGUCCAGAGCACAGGUGCUCACCUCACCUGACACAUCAGCUGUGGAAGAUACAUGUACAUCAGAUAUGCCUUUAGCAAAAAGAGCAGGUCUCAAAGGACAUAGAAACAAGGUGCUGGACACCACAGCAGGAGACUCUGACAGUGACUUUGACCUCCCAGCACAGAAAACAGACAAAUAUAGCAAGCGUGUCUCAACGCACAAAAACAUACAUAAGAAGGAUGUAGGCAGAAGACAAGCUAAGAUUAAGAGUCACAGACAUGCUGCUCGAGGUUUCCUGGAGGAGGAGGCCGAGCUAAGUGAUGAGGAGGGAGGAUUGGUGUCGUCAGAUGAAGAUGAGGAGGGGGACGACUCCUUCUUGGAAGGUUUUGUCAGCUACUCCUCACAGUGCACACAGGCUACUUCUGAAGAAGAGAUGAGAGCAGUGUACCUGCAGUCAGUGCGGAGUCCAGUCCUACACGGUGGGAGGGGCUACAAACUGGUCAAGAAACCAUGGAAUCCAGACAUCUUCUCUCAGGUCCCAGACCCAGAUGUAGAUGACUAUGAAGAGGACAGUUUCUGUGUGGGUGAUGAUGAGGACAUCUCAGCAGCAGAGUGCACCAUGGUGGAACCUGUGGAGGAGUGUAUGUCACCUGAUCUGGGCAGGGUUAGAACUAGGAGACAGAAAAGAGCUGCCGUAUUAGAGGACACUCCGGAGAGAAAUCAGCAAGGGCAGCCCAAGGGCAAGAGAAAAAGAAUCCUCAUGGCAGACACUUCUAGUGAAGACGACAGUCCAAAGUCUGCUAAACACCAAGCUAAGAGCCCCACAACAUCUCCAACGUCUGAGGACAGAACUGAAGAAAGAGCCUUCAAGACCCCAGUUGGCAGGCCUCCUGCUAGGAGGUCUCUGGUUGGACAAUCUAGUGGCAGGAGAGAGAUGUCCUUGGGGAGGUCCAGUGAGAUAGAAGAUGAGGAGGAUGACUUUGAUGACACAAGUAGAUACAACAGAACACUGUGCAAAGAGAAUCCAGCAGAUAGGAAUCAGACUAAUUCAUUAUCUAGUUGCACUGCUGGCAGACACGCAACAAGUGUACAGAGCAAAAUGAUGUCAACACAAAGGCUUGAAAUGAGCUUGGCAGAAAGGUUGAGAAUGAAACAGACUUCCAUUAGCGAAGUAAGUAACUUUGAUGGUAAACAAAAUACAUCUGUGCCAGCUAGUGUAGCAAGACCACUGCAAAGAUUUCAGCAGUCAUCCAGCAAGAAAGUUGAAUCACUAAAGGAAAUAGAACCUUCGAGUUCUAUCAUAGAUAACACGAUUACACGGAGACCUGAACCAAGUCCAAGAAUGAUGAAUGUUACAAUCUCCACACCAAAGUCUGCGGCAUCACGUAACCAGGGAAAACUAGUGGUGCUGGUGGACUCUAGGGAGAUAGCCUCAUCACAGCAGGUAGUAUCAUGUCUGAGGUUCCACCAUGACAUCAAUGCUGUGGUGUGUCAGCUGGGCAGCUGUGAUUAUGUCCUCAGUAACAGGAUGGGUGUGGAGAGGAAAACUCUCUCAGUCUUUAGCAACAGCACCAACAGGGAGAAGUUGGUUCAGCGGGUGCAGGAGCUGUGUGAGCUGUUUGACAAGCCCUGCCUCAUUGUGGAAAAGGAUAGGGUCAAACCUGGUAUGGAGCCCAAGAAAGCCAGGACUCCCACCAAAUACCACAGCACUGUGCUAGCAGCCCUGGCCCACACCUCUGUCACUGUACUCUUUACUGACACUCAAGAACAAACAGCCUCCCUGUUGUCUGAUCUGGCCAGACUGGAGCAGAGGAAGGGCAACUCUGUACAAGGCAGACCUGAUGUGGAACCAGAAGGCGAACAGGUAUUGCAGAUGUACCAGUCCAUGCCAGGUGUGCACUAUGCCACAGCCCUGAACCUGUAUUACAACUGUGGUGGACUGGCAGAGCUCAUGAAAUGCACAGCUAUGCAGUUACAGAUGAAGGGAAAGAUGUCCCUACAGAAGGCAUCUACUCUACACCAGUUUCUCAGGCACAACUUCAACCCUCAGAUGUUAGCAGACAGGAAGACACAGUGAACAUGUCAUAAAACCACAAUUUUGAGGUGUUUCAAUAGUAAACCCACAAGGAACAAAGACAACUGACACAGAGAUAGUGAGU